AACGACGAUUCUUCCAAUCGAAUCUCGUAUCAUUAUCGAAGAUUGUCUUAAAAGUUAAAUUUCGGCAAGGAAAGCCGGACAACUCGGCGUCUGUGUCUUGUUUUCGUUCCUAAUAUUUUACUUACAAAAAAAUAGUAUAAACAAAAGUACUAACUCGAGAUACAAAGCGAAUAUAAAGCAGGGACUUUGUCUUUUGCAUGGUACUUCGCUGUUAUUUCCCUUGAAGUAAGUACAGAGAUUAAAAUAAGAAGAAAAAAAAAACAGUCUCGGAUUUGAAAAUAUUUUUGUGCGUGAAAAGUAUGAAGAGAAAUUCAGAUGGUGGUGGACCGAGGGAGAAGAGAGCAAGACCAAACGGCCAAGAUGAUAGAGGAGCUUUGAGGCUCCUUAUACCUUCAAAGGUAGCUGGCUCUAUUAUAGGAAAGGGUGGAAGGAACAUCACGAGCCUCCGAAGUGACUUUAGUGCUCAGGUGCAGGUGCCAGAUUGUUCAGGUCCUGAACGUGUUGUAACAAUUUCCGGUACUGAACUAGAAACGUAUCUUAAGAUAGUUGAACGAAUUAUUCCAUCGUUGGAAGACCAGGGAAAGGAAGUCGACCUGCGUCUUUUGUUGCAUCAAAGCCUUGCGGGAUGUGUGAUCGGCAAAGGUGGUUCUAAGGUGAAAGAACUCAGGGAGAAGACUAAUGCCAAGAUAAAAAUAUUCGGCACGUGCUGCCCUCGUUCGACUGAUCGUGUUGUUUCUAUAAUUGGAAAGCCAGAAGUCGCUGUCGACGGACUCAGAGAAGUCCUCCUUCUCAUCAAAGACACCCCACAGAAAGGCUAUGCGGAAUCGUAUAAUCCCGAGUAUUUUGAAGACGGCUAUGCAGAAGAAUACGGUGGAUUUGGGCCUGCUCGCGUUUGGGACAGACCUGAUUUCAGAAUGCGUGAAAGUUCUGAGCAGGUGACUAUACCUAAAGAUUUGGCAGGUGCGAUCAUCGGAAAAGGAGGUAUGAGGAUACGAAGGGUACGCGGUGACUCCGGUGCUGAUAUAACAAUAGAUGAACCCCUUCCAGGCUCUAAUGACAGGAUUAUAACAAUAAAAGGAACUCAACAGCAGAUUCAAUUAGCACAGUAUCUGCUACAGCAAAGUGUGAGGGAAUCCCAACGAUAUUAGAAAUUGAAAAUAAAAAAUAUAUAUUUUAUAUAUAUAUAUAUUUGUGACAGUUUGCAUCUAUUUUUUAAGUACAUAUAUUUCAUAAUUUUUAAAAUACAAUAAAUUCACUUGAUAAAAGUAGGUUCCCCCCUCAAAGUAGGUAUGUAUAUUUAAAUAUAAAUUUAUACAUU